AUGUUGGCUGGCCAGCUCCUUGUUGGAUGCUGCGAGAUUUACCUGGCAGACAAGGAAGACGGACGCCGGCCCGUCGAGGGAUGUCCGGCUUCAUCUACUGCAAUAUGGAACCCGGAGACUGCUAAUCCGCCGUCUAUCUCUCUGUCUAUCUCUGUCCAUCCUGUCUAUCCUGUCUAUCUAAUGCUUGCCGUCGCCACCAGCGCCGACCUCGAACUUGAUAAGCUCGUCUCUUCCCGGCCUGCGACUUUAAGAGAGCUUCUCAUUCUUCUUCUUCUCUUCGUCUUCUUCUUCUUCUUCGUCUUCUUCUUCUUCCAGGCUGUGCGACUUUUGCAUCUUCUCGUCCUGGCUGCCCCUCUGCCCGCACGCCUCUACAUCCAUCACCAACCAACUACUACACCAAACACCACAACUCCACCCAACAUCACCACAGACGAAGCUAGAAGAGAAAAGACUCAAGAGCAGAGAACAGAGAAAAAUGGCUCCUGGCAUCGACACCUCCCACCAACCUCGAGAGCGCCGGCCGUCCGUCGGGGCUCCGCAUUCAGACCUCCAGGGCCCCGUCGGACCAGGCUUCUCGCGUCCCAAGCACAAGCGGACCUUCACCGGCUUUGGGCCCAAGGACAUCAAGUCCGUCGAGGCCAGCAUCCCCGAGCCCCAGCGAGCUGCGCCCCCAAGGAAUUCGAGACCAAGGAGGAGUUCGAGUUGCUGCAGUCCGAGGUCGUCCGCCAUGUCGAGACCAGCUUGGCCCGCUCCAUCUUCAACUGUGACGAAGUAGCUGCCUACUCGGCGACGGCCCUGGCCUUUAGGGACCGCCUGGUCGUCGAGUGGAACAAGACCCAGCAGCGCCAGACCUUCAAGGACCAGAAGAGAGUCUACUACGGAGAUCUCUCGCUGGAGUUCCUCAUGGGACGAGCCCUGGACAAUGCCAUGCUCAAUGUCGGCCUGAAGGACCUCGCCAAAGAUGGGCUGGGCGAUCUCGGGUUCCGCGUCGAGGACAUCAUCAAACAGGAGAACGACGCUGCCCUGGGCAAUGGAGGCCUCGGUCGUCUGGCUGCCUGCUUCCUCGACAGCCUGGCCUCGCUCAAUUACCCGGCCUGGGGCUACGGCUUGCGCUACCGCUACGGCAUCUUCAAGCAGGAGAUCGUCAACGGGUACCAGAUCGAGGUUCCAGACUACUGGCUCGAUUUCAACCCCUGGGAGUUCCCACGCCACGACGUCACCGUCGACAUCCAGUUCUACGGAUGGGUCCGCAAGUACCAGGAUGAGAACGGCAAGACCGUCCACUCAUGGCAGGACGGCGAGAUCGUCCAGGCCGUCGCCUACGACAUGCCCAUCCCGGGCUACCAGACGCCCACCACAAACAACCUGCGUCUCUGGUCCUCCAAGGCCGCCAGCGGUGAAUUCGACUUCCAGCGCUUCAAUGCCGGAGACUACGAGAGCGCCGUCGCAGACGAGCAGCGUGCCGAGACCAUCUCCGCCGUGCUAUACCCCAACGACAACCUCGACAGGGGUAAGGAGCUACGUCUGAAGCAGCAGUACUUCUGGUGCGCGGCCUCGCUCUUCGACAUCGUCCGUCGCUACAAGAAGACCAAGCGGCCCUGGAGCGAGUUCUCCGACCAGGUCGCCAUCCAGCUCAAUGAUACCCAUCCUACUUUAGCCAUUGUCGAGCUCCAGCGUAUCCUAGUCGAUGAGGAAGGCCUCGACUGGGACGAGGCCUGGCGUCUCGUCUCCAACACCUUCGGCUAUACCAACCACACCGUCCUCCCCGAGGCACUGGAGAAGUGGUCUGUCCCACUGAUGCAGAACCUGCUGCCCCGUCACCUCCAGAUCAUCUACGAGAUCAACAUGGCCUUCCUGCAGCACGUCGAGCGCAAGUUCCCCAAGGACCACGACCUGCUCAGCCGCGUCUCCGUCAUCGAAGAGACCCAGCCCAAGAUGGUCCGCAUGGCUCACAUCGCCAUCAUCGGCUCGCACAAGGUCAAUGGCGUCGCCGAACUGCACUCCGACCUCAUCAAGUCCACCAUCUUCAAGGACUUCGUCACCAUCUACGGGCCAGACAAGUUCGGCAACGUCACCAACGGCAUCACCCCUCGCCGUUGGCUGCACCAGGCCAACCGCAGACUCUCAGACCUCAUCGCCUCCAAGCUCGGCGGCCACGAGUUCCUCAAGAACCUCACCUUGCUCGACAAGCUGGAAGGCUUCAUCGACGACAAGGAGUUCAAGACCGAGUGGGCUGCCAUCAAGACCGCCAACAAGGAGCGUCUGGCCAAACACAUCCUCGAAACCACGGGCGUCAAAGUCAACCCCAAGGCCCUGUUCGAUAUCCAGGUCAAGCGUUUCCACGAGUACAAGCGUCAGCAGCUUAACAUCCUGGGUGUCAUCCACCGCUACCUCCGCAUCAAGGCCAUGAGCCCCGAGGAACGCUCCAAACUGGCCCCCCGUGUCUCCAUCUUCGGCGGCAAGGCUGCUCCAGGAUACUGGAUGGCCAAGACGAUCAUUCACUUGAUCAACAGCGUGGGCGCAGUGGUCAACAACGACCCGGACGUCGGCGACUUGCUCAAAGUCAUCUUCAUCGAAGACUACAACGUCAGCAAGGCCGAAAUCAUCUGCCCUGCCUCCGACAUCAGCGAGCACAUCUCCACCGCCGGCACCGAGGCCAGUGGAACAAGUAACAUGAAAUUCGUCCUUAACGGCGGUCUCAUCAUCGGAACCUGCGAUGGUGCCAACAUCGAAAUCACCCGCGAAAUCGGCGAAAACAACAUCUUCCUGUUCGGCAACCUGGCCGAAGACGUCGAGGACCUUCGCCACGCUCACGUCUACAACCCCUCAAGCAUCACCCUUGACCCUUCGCUGUCCGCCGUCUUCGACGCCAUCCGCGCCAACACCUUCGGCGACGCAAACUCCUUCUCGGCAAUCAUCGACUCGAUCACCCAGCAUGGCGACUACUACCUUGUCUCCGACGAUUUCAAUUCCUACGUCAAGACGCAUGAUAUCAUUGACGAGGCCUUCAAGGACAAGGACGGAUGGGUUGAGAAGAGCAUUCUGAGCGUUGCCAGGAUGGGUUUCUUCUCGUCUGAUCGUGCUAUUGCCGAGUAUGCCGAGGGUAUUUGGAACAUCGAGCCUUUGGACGUUACCAAGUAA